AUGCUAGCUAGUCAAAAUGGUCAUACACAGGUUGUUGAACUGCUACUCAAAGAGAAUUUAGAUAUUAGUAUUCAGGAAGAAGAUGGAUUUACUGCUCUAAUGCUAGCUAGUCAAAAUGGUCAUACUGAGAUUGCUGAACUGUUGCUUAAGGGAAAGGCAACUAUUAAUAUUCAAAACAACAAUGGAGUAACUGCUUUAAUGUUAGCUAGUGCAAAAAGUCAUGCUGAUGUUGUUGAACUACUACUCAAAGAGAAUGCAGAUGUUAACAUUGUUGCAAAAAAUGGAGUGACUGCUCUAAUGCUAGCUUGUUUAAAUGGUCUCAUCCAGGUUACUGAACUACUACUCAAUGAGCAUGAGAGUGUUAAUAUUCAAGAAGAAAAUGGUCAUACUAAGGUUGUUGAGCUGCUACUUAGAGAGCAUGCAGACGUUAAUAUUAUCGACAAAAAUGGAAUGACAGCACUAACACUAGCUACUAGUGGUCAUGUCCAGAUUGUUAAAUUACUACUAAAGGAGCAUGCAGAUGUUAAUGUUAUUAUUGAAAAAUUAAAUGGAAUGACAACCUUAAUGCUAGCUAGUUUAGGUGGUCAUACUGGGAUUGUUGAGCUACUACUAAAAGAGCAUGCAGAUGUUAAUAUUGCCACCAAAAACGGAUUGACAGCUUUAAUGCUAGCUAGUCUAAAAGCUAGUGCAAAAGGCCACAUUGAUAUUGUUGAUCUACUACUAAAAGAACAUGCAGAUGUUAAUAUUGUCGCCAAAAAUGGAGUGACAGCUUUAAUACUGGCUAGUCUAAAAGGUCAAACUCACGUUGUUGAAUUACUACUCAAAGAGAAUGCAGAAAUUAAUAUUCAGGAAGAAGAUGGCUUUACUGCUCUAAUGCUAGAAGAAAAUGGCUUUACUGCUCUAAUGCUAGCUAGUCAAAAUGGUCAUACCCAGAUUGUUGAACUAUUGAUUAUGGAAGAAGCAACUAUUAACAUUCAAAAUAACAAUGGAGUAACUGCUUUAAUGUCAGCUAGUGCAAAAGGCCACAUUGAUGUUGUUGAACUACUACUAAAAGAACAUGCAGAUGUUAAUAUUGUCACUAAAAAUGGAAUCACUGCUUUAAUACUGGCUAGUCUAAAAGGUCAAACUCACGUUGUUGAAUUACUACUCAAAGAGAAUGCAGAAAUUAAUAUUCAGGAAGAAGAUGGCUUUACUGCUCUAAUGCUAGCUAGUCAAAAUGGUCAUACCCAGAUUGUCAAAACUCGCAUUAUUAAAUUACUACUCAAAGAGAAUGCAGAUCUUGAUGUUCAAGAAGAAGAUGGCUUUACUGCUCUAAUGUUAGCUAGUCAAAAUGGUCAUACCCAGAUUGCUGAACUAUUGCUUAAAGGAAAAGCAACAAUUAAUAUUCAAAAACAAAAUGGAGUAACUGCUUUAAUGUUAGCUAGUGCAAAAGGCCACAUUGAUCUUGUUGAACUACUACUAAAAGAACACGCUGAUGUUAACAUUCUUACAAAAGAUGGAGUGACUGCUCUAAUGGUAGCUAGUCAAAAUGGUCAUACCCAGAUUGUUGAACUAUUGCUUAAGGGAAAAGCAACUGUUAAUAUUCAAAACAACAAUGGAGUAACUGCUUUAAUAUCAGCUAGUGCAAAAGGCCACGUUGAUGUUGAACAUGCCAACAUUAAUACUCAGAAUGAAGAUGGACUGACUGCUCUAAUGUUAUCUAGUUAUAAUGGUUAUUACCAGGUUGUUGAACUACUACUCAAAGAACAUGCCGACAUUAAUACUCAGAAUGAGAUGGAUGGACUGUGUGUCAUUGGAGGAGAGAAGAAACUCAAGACAAUGGCCAGCAGUGAUCAAGACUACCACUUUGCAUUAGAAGAAGGUUUACAAUGGUGGAUUGCAAAUGCUAGCAAAGGAGGACAUGACCAAGUUGUACAAACACUAGUAUCAUCUGGAGCUAAUGUUAACAUUCAAGAUAACAAUGGUUACACUGCAUUGAUGCUAGCAU